UCGUCAUUCAUUACAGCUGUCAUUCAAUAUAGAAACGAAAAGUUUCUUCGAAGAAAUUUAAACUUUUUGAUUUAAAACACAGUUGUGCGGCUUCUAAAACUAUUGUUUUACGUUUCUAAUUCGUUUUAUGUUAUCCUACUUCACCACAUAAUUAAGCACUUUGUUCAAGCUAACCGAGACGAAGUGACAGAAUAUUAAUCACAAUGAAAGUGCAUGUAAACAUUUAGAAUUAUACGGAGAUUAAGGAACAUUACUUGUUCUCUGUUAUAGCUGCUGCUUUGCGAUUCUGACAUGGCAGAUAGUGGGUCCUUCGUUGCAAAACCAGUCCGCGGUUGGUUACAUCCUGACGCCGUACUAGCAAGCGAUGGAGUCACAUACGCUGUUCGGUAUAUUGGCUGCAUGGAAGUAUUGACUUCAAUGAAAAAAUUGGAUUUUGAAACAAGAUCUCAAGUGGCAAAGGAAUGUAUUGCUCGAGUUUGCGCCGCUGCCGGGCUUCGGUCGGCAGACAAGAAGCGUCGCGUAUGUCAAGCAGCAGCUCGAGCUCUCGCAGCGCGACCGCGGAUGGCGCACUCUGGAGCCAAUGUAGCCCUCACCGUGUCAUCAAGAGCCAUAACCUUAGCAGCUUUAGAAGGGGGCGAGACCGUCGCACGCCACGAUAUGCCUCGCGUUUCGUUCGCCUCUGGUGGAGACGCGGACUCAUUAGACUUCGUGGCGUACGUAGCCAAAACCGCCCCACCCACGGAAUGGAGAGCAUGCUAUGUACUAGAAUGCGGAGGGAGACUCGCACAAGAUGUGAUAGCCACUAUUGGACAAGCAUUUGAGCUGCGCUUCAAAGAAUUUUUAACGAAACCCUCAUCGUUGAAUAUAAACGGGUCUCGUUCGGCAACGGGCGAGUCUUCAACUUCAGGCAUGCCGCUAGACGACCGCGACUACUACAACGACAUGCCGGACAAAAUGCCUCCGGAUCCUGCACCGACGCAACGGCACCCGCCCCCGCCGCCUCUGGCUAACCUUGCGGCUUUAUCGUCGUGCGAAGAAAGCGUACGACACUAUGUGAACCAAACUCCGCCCCCGCGUACGCCGCCCACUGCGCUACUGCCCAAUCACCACACAGACAUCUUCGAUAUGCAGCCAUUCACAGCGACGCCUCUGACGUCAUCGGCAGCGUCGUCGUCGUCUGCGUCAUCACCACCCGCUGAUGGCGAACCACUAUCCCCCAAGUCGCAGGCGGCACUGCUGGCGCGAGAGCCCUGGUUCCACGGACCCAUAUCCAGGACCACCGCAGAGAAGUUGGUGGUGGAAGACGGGCAAUUCCUGGUGCGCGAGAGCACCGCGUGCCCGGGGCAGUUCGUGCUGACGGGCGCGCGGCGCGGCGCUCACAAGCACCUGCUGCUAGUCGACCCCAAUGGCGUGGUACGAACAAAGGACAGCGUAUUCGAGAGCGUACCGCACCUUAUCAAAUACCACUGCAGCAACGAGUUGCCGAUAGUGUCCGCUGAUUCAGAGCUGCUACUACGAAAACCAGUACCGCGCCCGGCUUCUUGAGGACGCGCCAUAAAUAAAUAAAUGACCGCAAUGCAAAUAAACCUUAACCACAUAGACGGAUUUCGCGCGUCAAAACGCGAGUUUAAGAAGUGAAUGGUAUUACAAAAUUUGAUAAAACUUUUUUGUGGUAUCUUAAAGGUUAAGAAUUCCUUGUGUUGUUUUAAGCGUGUGACGGAACCUUUCGCGAAAGAAAGUCAGGUUUUUUUAUUGCAUAACCUCAGAUAUCUAAAGAUCUAUAAACAUGAGUGAUUUUAACAAGUUAUUGCGGGAUUUUCAAUAGGGCAAGUAUAGUAAUGAAAAUGGCAGCGCCCCUGACCGCAAAGAAGCACCACGUAGGUAAAUAAGAAAACAAUACAUUAAAUGCUUUGAACUUUGAAUCCAACCACUGAGAUUCAAGCAGCAGCUAUUGUUUGUGGAAAAACAAUAAAAGCCAAGUUUAUUGUGUUACAGCAAACAAACUUCACGUUUUUCUUUUGAGUAGUCCUACAAGUGUUAUUAAAGAUAAGUAUUGAAAACAAAUCGUAGGUAGCCCUCGAAAAACACUUCAUAACUUAAAACAAUACAUACAAAAUAAUUUAAAGGAUUUUGAGCAGUCGCUUCACCGCGCGGCGUAGGCAUCCGCUUUAGUAACUGUGCUUUGUUUUCGUUAAUUCCUAUAUGAGAGAUGAUAAAACAUAGUAAUUACAUUUGCAAACAGUGGGCCUACAACAAAAAAUAUAAAAGAAAAUCGAAAUAUAAUGAACGGCUUCCGAUUAGUUAGCAAACUUAACCAAAUGGCUGCGACAAGCAUAAUGUCUAGGAAAAUGUAUAGCUUUUACAAUAAGUAUUUGUAACACUUUCAAAAUAAAUCAUAUAAGUACGUUUACAUUCUAAAUGUACUACGAAAACAUAAGACUUUAAUAAAUAGCCCCAAGUUUUUAUAAUUUUAAGAGCCUAAAUUAUUAUUUUUAUAGCU